GAGCAUCAUUUAAUCCGUCUCUAAGUUUUGUUGACAUGUCUGGUCCGAGCUUCACGCUGCUUCUUCUGGCUCUGACGGUGGUUUCCAUCCGGGCUGCUGAGAAGAAGUCUGUCUCUGAAAGGAUUGAGGAAGCCAACAAGAACAUUGUCAGAACUCCUGGUGGUCUCUUUCUGGGGGACGAUAUGGUUUACGACUCUGAGAGCGAGAGGAACGCCGACCCCUGCACCUCCUACAACUGCAAGUGGGACCGGGCCAGUAAUGGCAUGGUCUACGUGCCCUACGUCAUCGCAGACCACUACACCUCUAGAGAGCGAGCUGUCAUCGAACAUGGCCUCCAGUCCUUCAGCAGUGUCUCCUGCAUCCGCUUCAUCCCUCGCACCAGUGAAAGAGAUUACAUCCACAUCCAGUCUCUCGACGGGUGCUACUCCUACUUGGGUCGGCGUUUCAACGAACAGGCUCUGUCUCUGAAACGACAGGGCUGCGUGUACCACGACGUGGUACAGCACGAGUUACUUCACGCUCUGGGCUUCAAACACGAGCAGUGCCGCUCCGACCGUGACCAGCACAUUCGCGUCCUGUGGGAGAACGUCAUACCUGGUUGGGAGUACGCCUUCGACAAGAUCAACACUCUGAACCAGGGAACCUCCUACGACUACAACUCUGUCAUGCAGUACAGCAAGUACGCCUUCUCCAAGAACAACCAGCCCACAAUGGCGCCGAUCCCUGACCCAAACGUCCCGUUCGGUGUGGCCACUGAGAUGAGCCAGAAUGACAUCACCAGGCUCAACAGGCUGUACAACUGCAGCUAAACCAGAGCAGACACAGACGUUUCUUCUUCUUGGGUUCAAUUACCACCGGACGCCUUUCUGUGAGAGCAGCAGUCCAAAGUCUGAAGCACAAGAUGUAGAUCAUCUGUACAAUUACUGAGCCUUCACUCA